AGCUGCCUGUUUUCAUGUCUUCUUGGAGGUACUGGGGGCUUGAGUGGGUUGAGGUUUCUGGAGCACACAGCUCCAAGGCCCCCUUCUGGUUGCCCUGAGUUCCUCUUUCUGCUGUCACCACUGACUCAGCAACUCAGUGGGAGAUCAGGACGUUGGCUUGGAUGAUUCCCGCUUUGCCCAGAUCACUGGCAGUUGGUGGGCAAACCUCCUAGGCAGCCCUGGGUGGUGCAACCACCACACUAGCAGGACCGUGGGACUGCAAAUUCUCAAGCCCCCUCCUACCCCUUCCUUCCUUUCUCAAAGGCUAAAAGUCUGGCAGGAGGAGAUACAUGCAGCAACUGACUGAGCAGACUUUCGGGCAGGAUGCAGCCACUCCUGCUCCUGUUGGCCUUGAUCCUACUCCCUGGGGCCAAGGCGGGGAAGAUCAUUGGAGGACAAGAGGCCAGGCCCCACUCCCACCCCUAUAUGGCAUAUCUUCAGGUCGAGAGUCCAGAAGGUCUGAGCAGUUGUGGGGGAUUCCUUGUACGAGAAGACUUUGUGAUGACAGCAGGUCAUUGCUGGGGAAGUGCCAUAAAUGUCACACUAGGGGCCCACAACAUUGAGAAGCAGGAAAGGACCCAGCAACAGGUCACUGUGCUCAGAGCCAUCCGUCACCCCAGAUACAAUGAAAAGAAUGCCCAGAAUGACAUCAUGUUACUUCAGCUGAGGAACAGAAUCACACGGAAUCGAUUCGUGAGGCCAGUGGCCCUGCCUAAUGCCAGGGAGAAGCCUAGGCCUGGGGCCUUGUGUACAGUUACUGGCUGGGGCUGGAUCAACCUGCAUGAAUGGUCAGACAAACUCCAGGAAGUGCAGCUGAGAGUGCAGAGCAAUCGGAAGUGCACCCGUCGCUUUCCUUCCUACAGCAGCCGGAUUCAGAUUUGUGUGGGGGAUCCAAGGCAAAGGAAGGCUGCCUUCAAGGGGGACUCUGGUGGCCCCCUGGUAUGUAACAGUGUGGUCCAGGGUAUUGUCUCCUAUGGGGACAAGGAACGUGGGACUACUCCAGAAGUCUUCACCAGGAUCUCAAGCUAUCUACCCUGGAUAAAUAGAACAAUGAGAUGCUUUCAAACAGCAGAAUCAGACUGAAACAUUACCUUCUUCCCCCUGUGACUGGCACAUUUACACUGGGGCACACCAGACAAGCCUUAAAAAGUGUCCCAUCUAGAGUGCAAAUUUUUGUUCAUUAAACAACAUUCAGUACUGUCUCAGUCUGUUUGAAUUGCUAUAACAAAAUGUUGGCCUGUAAACAGCAGAAAUUUACUUAUCCCAGUUCUAGCAGUUAGGAAGUCCAAGAUAAAUUCUGUGACUA